CUCUCAUUUCACCUGAGCUCCACCACUUCUCGCCGCUGCUCAACUCCGACCAGCAGGAAAAUUUCGCAGCUUGAUUUUUGCAUAGGUUAAAAAUGGCCGAACCGGACCUCUACAACAUUCUAGGAGUCAAACGAAAUGCCGCCGAUCCAGAAAUCAAGAAGGCGUAUCGGAAGCUUGCGAUGGAAUUCCAUCCGGACAAGAACCCCGAAGCAGGCGACCGCUUCAAAGAAAUUUCGUACGCCUACGAAAUCCUGUCGGACCCAAGGAAGCGUGAAGUUUAUGACAGACACGGCCUUAAGGGUAUCCAAGAAGGGGCCCACGAACACGGGGGCAUGGGGGCCGAUGACAUUUUUUCGCACAUCUUUGGAGGAGGAGGUCUCUUCGGCAUGCCAGGAAUGGGCGGCAUGCGAGGCCGUCGCAGGGCCAGAGGCGAGGAUACCGUUCACCCCCUGAAAGUGUCCUUAGAGGAUCUUUACAAAGGAAAAACUUCCAAACUGCAGAUAAGCAAGAGUGUCAUUUGCAAGGCCUGUGAUGGGAGGGGAGGAAGUGGUGGGGCGCAAACGUGCAGGGGAUGCCGUGGAUGUGGGCGAAAGGUGACCUUCCGGCAGCUGGGGCCAGGCAUGACCCAGCAGAUGCAGAGCAUAUGUACUGAUUGCGGUGGUGAAGGAGAAACCAUUGCUGAAAAGGAUAGGUGUCAGACCUGCCGUGGCAAGAAGGUCAUCAACGAGUCCAAGGUUAUUGAGGCCCACGUGGACAAGGGUAUGCGCGAUGGCCAGAAGAUCUACCUGCGCGGGGAGGGUGACCAGCAGCCUGGUGUCGAGCCUGGAGAUGUGAUCAUUGUGCUGCAGAUGAAGCCGCACGAGAAAUUCCAGCGGACAAACGACGACCUUUUCAUGACUCACACAAUCACCAUCACCGAAGCCCUCUGCGGCUUCAUUCUCGUCGUCAAGCAUCUUGAUGGCAGGGAAUUGGUUGUCAGACAACCUGCCGGAGAAGUUGUCAAGCCAGGUGACUUUAAGGGAAUUAAGGGUGAAGGAAUGCCUCAGUACAGAAACCCGUUUGAAAAAGGAGUCCUCUUCAUUAAGUUUGACGUCACAUUCCCCAGUAAUAAUUUUGCUGACGAAGCUAAGCUGAAGAUGCUUGAAACGUUGUUACCCAACAGACCACCAGAGCCAAUUCCCUCUGGGGACGCUGAAGAAGUGGUGCUAACUGACUACGACCCAUAUGAACGAAGUGAGCGUGGUGGCCGCUCUGAAGCCUAUGAAGAUGAUGACGAAGACGGCCACUCUGGUCCAGGGGGCAUACAGUGCGCGCAGCAGUAGCCCUCCAACUUUCUGCCCCCUACUUUAUAAUUAAUUCAAGGACACUUAAACACAAUGCUAUGUUGUGUGGCUCUCAAGUUAUUAUAAUUACCCAGGCCAGAUGUUCAUGAUUUUUAAUUUAUUAGUUACUCAUGGCCCGUGAUUUUGAAAUUAUUAUUUAGUCCUUGUCGGAAAUAAAAACCAUCACAAGAUCGGUUGUGGAAAUGAAGAGAUCGGGCUUUUCCUCAUAGAUCGGUUGUUGUGUAUUUCCGCAUGUGAUUCUAUCAAGCAGAUUUAGGCAUUCAGAUGUGUGAGAAUUGGAUUUUGAUUAUUUUUAUAAAUGUCGUGGCUGGAUUCAAAAUUGUUUCCUGUGUUCUUUUGGAGGAAUCAAAAUUCUGUCUUCAUAUUAAAUAAAUAAAAAGAGAAGAAAACUAGA